CUACAGUGGAAUGGGGUUCUAAAUUCUUUCGUCAUACGCAAUAGCAUUCGGAAGUUAUAGCCCAUCGAGCCUCACAACCUAUACCUUCCUAUUCUCCUAACUUGUCGCAUUGUGCCUACCAUGAUCAACCUAAGUUAGACUAAUUGGGUAAUAGGUAUAAGUUAGUUGAAGAUAAUGUGUUGUAACUGCUGCUCGCCUAUCUUUUGAGUGACAGGGAUGUUCCCUUGUUCGGCGACCCGUGAUCACCUCAUCAAGGACCCUCAAUCCUAAUAACGAUCCUCUUUACCUCUUUUCUUUCAAUUCUACAACUUUAUUUGUUUUUGACAUUUAAUGUUAAUUUAUCAAACAUCUACUACAAUCAGACUAUAUAUUAUAUAAUUAAACAUAUUCAGAUAUAUCGCGCUCGCGCGCAAACUAUUCCCUAUCGUUGGGGCGUUUGCUUGUGUUGGUGUCGCCCGUCGCCGCAGUUGCUGCUGUCGCGGCGCGCGCUGCGCUGAAUCUCACCCGAUCGACAUACAUCGGUCGUGCGCGGCCUAACAGCCACAAUCACAGCACAUCAUGGCCACUAUAGCACCAACGGUGACGGAGACUUUAUUGUCGACCGUUACUGUAUCAAGCGCUCCAGCUGCUACUACGACCGGUCCCGCCCCUCAAGGAGGUAUCUUGGAAGGUGUUCUGCCGAAUACGUUCAUUUCUUCGAAUCCUAUUCAGCUCUUCAUCAUUCAGGCCGGUAUCAUCAUCAUACUAUGCCGUAUUCUUCACUACCCGCUAUCGCUUCUGAACCAGCCUCGCGUCAUCGCGGAGGUUAUUGGUGGUAUCCUCCUGGGUCCCUCCGUUUUGGCUCGCAUUCCAGGCUUUCAAAAGGCCAUUUUCCCGACUGAGUCUAUGGCCGUCUUGAACAAUGCCGCGAAUCUAGGUCUCAUUCUAUUCCUCUUUCUCAUUGGUCUAGAGGUUGAUAUCCGCAUGUUCACUUCCAAUUGGCGCGUCGCUUUAUGUGUAGGUCUAGCUGGAAUGAUAUUACCGUUUGGCUUGGGCUGCGCUAUCGCUUGGGGUCUUUAUAACCAAUUCCACAAUGAUGGCAACACCGCUGAUAUCAAUUUCGGCGUCUAUGCUCUCUUCAUCGGUACCGCAUUAGCCAUCACGGCUUUCCCCGUACUCUGCCGUAUCCUAUCCGAGCUUAAUAUGCUGGGAACCCCUGUUGGUGUCACCGUCUUAGCAGCUGGUGUUGGAAACGAUGUGGUUGGCUGGAUUCUACUCGCGCUCUGCGUCGCAUUGGUCAAUAAUAGUUCUGGCUUGACCGCGCUCUGGGUUCUCCUUGUCGCUGUCGGCUGGGUACUGUUCCUAGUCUUUGCCGUCAAGCCAGUAUUUCACUGGGCUUUACGGAAGACGGGUAGCAUCCAAAAUGGUCCGACACAGGGCAUGAUUGCCGUCACCAUCUUACUAGUACUCACCUCAGCUUGGUUCACAAGUAUGAUCGGUGUACAUGCAAUUUUUGGCGCUUUUCUAGUUGGCCUAAUCUGCCCACACGAUGGCGGCUUCGCUAUUCAUGUAACAGAGAAGAUCGAGGAUCUUGUGUCGGUUCUUCUACUACCCCUCUACUUCGCACUGUCUGGGUUGAGCACGGAUCUCGGCCUCCUAAAUGAUGGUAUCACCUGGGCGUACGUGAUUGGCGUUAUUGCCGUUGCUUUCUCAGGUAAGAUCAUCGGUGGUACAUUGGCAGCUAAGGCAAUGAAGCUCGUCUGGAGGGAGAGUUUUGCGAUAGGCGCACUGAUGAGUUGCAAAGGUUUGGUGGAACUCAUCGUUCUAAAUAUUGGCCUUCAGGCGAGGAUUCUAUCUAAGAAGACAUUUACCAUAUUCGUCGUCAUGGCUUUAGUUACUACAGUGUGCACGACGCCAUUGACGAAGUGGCUGUAUCCGCCGUGGUACAGGAAGAAGCUCGAGCAGUGGAAGCGGGGUGAAAUCGAUUGGGAUGGAAAACCACUGCAACAUGACGACACCAGCCACUCCGAUUCUAUUGCUCAGAUCCAGGAUACCAAGAUACGCCGUCUUUUGGUUUACCUACGUUUGGAUAGUCUGCCGAGUCUUUUCACAUUUAUUUCUCUUUUAGGCGACGAACACGUUACACCAAGAUCCGAGCCCCUAGACUCUGGUGCAAAUAAGGAUGCUGGUGAAACAGUGGUUAUUCGGAAGCGACCUCUCGAAGUCCAUGGUCUGCGUAUCGUCGAGCUUACGGAACGUACAUCAUCCGUGAUGAAAGUCACUGGAGGCGAUGACCAUUUUAGGAGAGAUCCUGUUUUAAAUGCCUUCCGAACCUUUUCUCAACUGCAUGACGUGGCGGUAUCGGGCAACGUUGUCAUUGCCCCGGAAGAUUCUUAUGCUCGGACCGUCGUCACACAAGCUUCAAACCAAGAGUCCGAUUUUGUAUUAGUACCAUGGAGUGAAGGCGGAAGCAAUAAGGAAGACCAAUCCAUUUCCUUCAGGGUUUCCUCGGAAGACCGCUUUUCAGGAAAAACUCACCUCGAGUUUAUCCAAACAGUAUUAUCCAAGGCUGUUUGUACCACGGGCGUAUUCAUCGACGGUGGAUUUAGUGGCAAUCGGCCGGCAGAUGAAGGUCGUCCGAGUCUACCUCGGACUAUCAGCAACGUUUCGAUGCGUAGCCAGAGAGAAGCUGUCAUUCCGCCCCUCGCGGAUAAAUCACACAAGAUCUUCUUCCCCUAUCUCGGAGGUGUCGACGACCGAGCUGCAUUGCGUUUCGUUCUUCAGCUUGCCAAAAACCCACUUAUCACACUCACAAUCGCUCACUUGAGCUGCGCUGAAGGUGAUGAUGAAAUCGUGGCCGUCUCGGAGGGUAACUUGGAUCCUCUCUCACCGAUGUCUCUCGAUAAGAAUGUAAUCAACACCGAAAUAACUGCCCAUGACACGUCUCUCUUAGCCACGCUGCAAUCUAACCUUUCACCUGAGCUUGCCGAUCGUGUGAAGUUCACAGAAGUUUCAGUUACCGCCAACUCGGCUGUCAGCGAGGUGACCAAGCUAGCGAAGGAGACUGUUGGGAAGAACUUACGUAACGCAGGUGAUGUUGUCGUAGUUGGGCGUAGGCAUCCUCGACUUCCCGCCGUGUUGCGCUCAAUAGACCAGAGCAGUACGGAAUACGACAUGCAGAAGACUAUUGGUGUUUUUGGUCAAGCUUUGGCUAUGAGUGAUGUAAAGGCAAGCGUACUAGUUAUCCAAGCUGGAGGCUCAGGACCCGAAUCAUGAUUUCUUUUAUCGGUUCAGAUAUUGCAAGAGGUAGAUUCCCAGACAGGAGUUCCAUAUACUGAUUUUAUUUAUGUGUAUUUAGCCUUGUGUUAUAGUAUUAACGCGGGUAAUUGGGAAUGUGGAAUUGUAUAAAGGAUACAGCGGAUAGGCACAUCGCUCCAGCCUAGCCAUACGAUACACCUUUGAAUUCAAUAAAUUCAUUCCAUGAACAAGAA